UUCCUGCUGUUACGUUUGGGAAAUGAAUUCCACAUUGCAAGGAGGGAGGCCUGGGAUUCCCCAGUGCUUAUUCUGUACCCGGUUCUGUGGUGCUUCCAGAGUCCUCGUCUCUCCACAAAGGUGCUUCUUGCUGCAUCCUUCUCAUUUCUGGUUUCCUGGGCGAAGAGCUUGCAGUCAGAGGCUAGCAGAGAUAUCACCCACAACCUAAAAUACAACUUACUUAUCCAUGUAAUCCUUCCAUUGUGGUUUGACCAAAGUCUGGACUCAGCAGAGAAUCUCCAGCCUCCAGAUUCUGGGUACGAAGAACAGAGACUUACAUGAUCCACUUUAAAAGAACACCAUGACUACCACAGUGAUGUCCAAAGAGGGCAAACAAAAUACUUCGUUCCUUGGUGUCCAUAAUCAGGAGGAAUGCCAUGUGGAUUCUGAGUUCAGAUAUAUCCUGUUUACUGCCUACUACAGCAUCAUCUUCAUUCUGGGUUUCAUAGCUAACAUCUAUGUAUUGUGGAUUUUCAGUCGAGUAUACGCUACGAAGAAAUUAAACGAAAUAAAAAUAUUCAUGGUCAACUUGACCACAGCCGACCUGCUCUUCCUGGCCACACUGCCGAUGUGGAUUGUAUACUACCACAACAAGGGGGACUGGAUCAUGCCCAACUUUUUGUGUAAUGUGGGCGGCUACUUAUUUUUUGUCAACACUUACUGCUCGGUCGCCUUCUUGGGAGUCAUAACAUACAAUCGGUUCCAAGCAGUAACUAAGCCCAUUACAGCUGCUCAAUCCACCACAAGAAGAAGGGGCAUCUACGUGACUCUAGCCAUCUGGGUACUGAUAGGUGUUCCAGCCAUGUACUUCCUUGUUGAUGAUGGCAUUACUAAAGAAAAUAUUAAGGGACACUCUUAUAGACGGUGUUUCGAACGCUACGACACCUCUGGUGACACCUCUGGUGUCCUUGGCUUCCAUGUGGUCAUAUGCGUUUGUUUCUUCAUCACCUUCCUGGUUGUCUUGGUGUGCAAUGCACUGAUUAUCCGGACACUGUUGUCCCAACCCGUACAGGCUCGGAAGAGUGCCCAUGUCAGGCAAAGGGCACUUUGGAUGGUGUGCACAGUUUUGGCUGUGUUCAUCAUUUGCUUUGUGCCCCACCACGUUCUGGACUUGCCUUGGACCUUGAUGGUUCUUCGGAAAUGGAACUUGAGCAGCCCAACACAGCAGAAAGUGAAUGACCUCCACCAGGUGACCCUGCUCCUCCUGGGUGCCAACUGUGUUCUGGAUCCGGUCAUCUACUGUUUCCUCACCAAAAAGUUUAGGAAACACCUUUCUGAGAAUUUGAAAAACAUAAAAGACAGUCGCAAGUGUUCCAGGCAAACAACAGAGACGGGAGUGGAGGGCAUGGUGCCUCUGGAAAAUUGCAUACAGAACUCCAUCAAGCCAUAAAUACCACUGCCACCUACAAAGCAGCAGGUCUUUUGGUAUGCUUAUUCAGUCCCAAGCAUAGGCUGGUGGGCAGCAACACUAACCAGAUAUAUUCAAGUUGCCAGGACUUCCCUAGAAGUAGCUGCAGGAACUGUGGAACAUUUAGGGUAAUUCAUGAGACAUACAGUGUCUCAGGACUCGGAGCACUGUAGGAACCACAGGGUACCUCUACCAAGUUAUCAUCUGUUACUGUUGUGAUAGGAAAACAUGGGCCAAGUCUGGCAUUUUAAAUGACGAGCAUUACAUUUGUGCUUUGGAUCAGUAUGCAGCGACAGUAUGUUUGGAAAUUAACCUCACCCUUCCAUCUAGAAGAUACUUGAAUUUUAUACCAUUAAUACCAUAGUUGAAUUAAUGGCCAUGGGUUUCAUUUUUCAUAAUCUGUGCAGGAAUUCACCAUUGCAAAAAGGGAGCAGCACUGCAGUCUUAACUGGCCAUAGACUUUUAGCCCCAAACUCCUACUUUUUGAGGACGCGUCUUUUGCAGGGGGCUUAUCUAUGAGGUCCACGAAUGGUUUUGACAGCCCACAUCGUACAAAUAGCUCAGUCAUUAGAACCAUCCUGUGAUGCAGGUAAAGCUGAGAGCGACUGACCCAAGGUAAUUCAGUGAGAUUUCUCCCAGAUCCUAUUUCAGCACUCUAACCACUACACAACUCUGCUUCUCUUGCUGUAUAUGUAAUGCAUAUAUUGGUUGGCCAUUGAAAGAAGGAUGAGGUUCAUCAGUGCAGGAAGAGAUCAGUCUUUGCUAAUCAGCCAAACAUGGGCUGGCCUGUCUUAGCAACAGGGACUUUCCACCAGCUCCAUAAUUCUUAUCUAUCUUGUGUGUUCUUAAGGUCACUUUUGCCUCAUUGUCUCAGACACUCAUAUAUUGCUUUGAAUGCUUUUAUAAGAAAAUGCUGCUCCUAGGGGAUGAGGAACUCUCAGGAAUAGGGGAAGGCAAAGUGGGGUCCUGCAGCAUAAAUCAUGCCUUCUAAUGCUGGUGAAAAGCAAUCUUUGGUUCCCACAUUUGAACUAUCAACAGGUGGACAGAAAAGAAGGUCAGGCAGGAUCCAAGAACCAGAGUAGUCCAGGUGGAGAAACCGAAAGGGUGGGAAACACUGGAUGAUGCAAUGCACAGGAAAAGGUCAAGAUUCGUAUUCAAGAAAGAACUUAACACGGCAAGCCAGGUGGCGCAAGGGUGCCAGAGGAACUUGUUUGCUAAUUUGGUCACAGAAAUCUUCAUCUAACCCUUUGGUGUUAAAAAUGGAAGAAUUUUGAUACAUGGCAGGAAGCAAAUGGCUUGAGAUUUUUUUUGCUAUUUUGUAGCUUUUUUUUGCAAAUAAAUUUUGUUAUUUGCUAUGGCUGUGCUGAAGAAAUAAAGUAUUGAUUGAUUGAUUUGCAAAUAAAAAUAUUUAUGGAAUACACCUAGCCAUCAACAAAAGC